AUGGGUGGUGGCAGUGGGGCGUGUGAGACGGCGUGCCCGGCCAACUCGGUUUGUGUGGGGGAGGGCACUGGGGCCACGUGUAACUGCGUGGUUGGCUACACCAAGGUCAACGGGCAGUGCGAGGAGCCGAGUGUUCCUGCUCAGGUAGUUGCAACAUCGCUAAGUGCUCCUGCUCAGGUCAUUCUCUUGUUCUCAUUCGCCCCAUUGCUCGUCUCUUUUUGUCUCCCAUCAUCCAUUCACCCCUGCCUUCCUGCUCCUUUCACUCCCUCUCCCGCCACCCGUUUCCCCAACCCCCCUUUGCCCAUUGAUCCCCCUCCACACCAGUGGUGGACAUGUGUAAGAUUGUCACCUGCCCCACCAACUGCAACUGCUCCUCUUCUGCCGGCAUUGCCAAGUGCUCCUGCCCAGGUGAUUGCAACAGUGCCAACUGCUCCUGGCCAGGUGAUUGCUACAGAGCCGAGUGUUCCUGCUCAGGUGAUUGCAACAGAGUCGAAUGUUCCUGCUCAUGUGAUUGCAACAAAGGCGAGAGUUCCUGCUCAUGUGAUUGCAACAGAGACGAGAGUUCCUGGUCAUGUGAUUGCAACAGAGGCGAGAGUUCCUGGUCAUGUGAUUGCAACAGAGGCGAGAGUUCCUGGUCAUGUGAUUGCAACAGAGGCGAGAGUUCCUGCCCAGGUGAUUUCUACAGUGCCAGUUCAGUUCUCCUGCUCAGGAAGUAGCAACAGUGCCAAGUGCUCUUUCACACCCCUUCCUCCGUAUCCCUCCCCUGCACCCCCCCCUUUUUCAGACGCAUGCUACGGGGUCAAGUGUCCGGACGUGGCCACGUGUGUGGUGAAGGGCGGUACAGCGGUGUGCCAGUGUCCCGCACCAUUCGCACGUCUCAUUGACAACGUGUGCUCCUCGGCCAACCUGGCCCACUCUGAAUACCUCGACAUUCACAACAACGCCCGCGCUGCGGUGGGGGCCGUGCCUCUCGUGUGGGACGACACAUUGGCGGCGCACGCGCAGGCAUGGGCGACAGCGCUGACCAACGCGUCCUACAACUGCAGCAUCGUGCACGGCGGGCAUGACGGCGAGGGGCAGAACCUCGCCGGCGCCAGCCCGGCGGGGGUCAAGAAUGGCUCAGAUGCGUCGGGAUGGUGGGUGAACGAGGGGCAGUGGUACACGGUGGAUGUCCACCCCAACGGCUGUGCGGGCGGCAACUGGGCCAAGUGUGGGCACUACACGCAGGUCAUUUGGAACGACACGCGCACGCUGGGGUGUGCCAAGGCGUCGUGUGGCACGGGGUCAGACGUGUGGGCGUGCCAUUACUACCCGCCGGGGAACGUCCGCGGCCUGCCGCCUUAUGUGCAAGACCCGUGCUUCAGAGUGCAGUGUCCGUCCACCUCCACGUGCUCAGCAGUGGACGGCAAGCCCGUGUGCGUGUGUGGAGUGGGCCAGGCGCUCGUCAACAGCUCGCAGUGCCUUCCAGGUGCGCACCUGCCCCCGGCACCCCUUCUUCUUCUAUCUGCCCCUCCCAUGCACCUCCCAUGCACCUCCCAUGCACCGCCCAUGCACCUCCCAUCACAUGUCUCCACCUCCUCCUCUCGAUGUUUCUCCAUCUCCCGUCCCGCCUUCACUCCCUCACCACCUACCCUCUCAUCGCGUGCCUCCCCUUCUUCCCCUUUUUUCCUCUCUUCCUCCCCCCACCCCCAACACCCCCGCCCUCGCCCAGACCCGUGCAUAGGGGUGAGCUGUCCGGCGGGCGACCUGGUGUGUGACACCAGCACCGGCACGGCGCAGUGCGUCUGCCCCAAGGGGACGCUGCUCGUUGCCCCCAACAUGUGCCUCGCGCCGGUAUGUGUGGGGGUGCAGUGCCCCUCCACAUCUCGCUGCAGAGCCACCAAAGAUGACAUCCCCUUCUGUGCUUGCCCUGAUUGCUCCUCCCUCGUCAACGGAACCUGCACUCAAGCGGCCCCUGCCACAGUGACAACCAGCCUGGUGGUUUACAACGCGCCCAACUUUACCAACUCACCCGCCUCCCUCGCGCCCGCCGUGCUCCGAUCCCCAACGCCCGGCGCGGGCUGCGUCAACAUCCCCGCAGCCUUUGCAGGGGCGGUGGGGUCAAUCAAGAUUCUCUGGGACGUGCCUGACGGUGCGGCUGGAGGGCGGCAGGUGUGCGGGCUGAUGUGGUUCAAUAAUGACACUGACUGCUCUGGCUGGUCCAGCGGCACGUACAAGGCCGCCAAUGGUCUCACCACCUUUGAGUGA